AUGGAGCUGAUCGACGCCAUCGAAAUACCACGGGUCAGCGGCGUCUUCCUCAGGCAGGGCCCCCGGCCACCCCAAAUGGGCUCCUUGGUGCUAAUGGGCCACCAUCUAAUCUUCGCGCCGCAAGUGGAAACGCCGCAGGGCGCCGGCGAGACGAACAAGGACGAGUUUUGUCUACUCCACCGCGCGAUCGACCGUGUCGUCUGCGAGCCGAAAUCGCGGGACCCGAACGUGAAAGGAGGCUUCUUGACGCUAAAGUGCAAGAAUUUCAUGAUAUGCGUCUUCGAGGUGCCGGAUUUUGAGGAGUGCACGCUGGCGGCGAGGACGAUAGAAACUUUGAGUAAUCUGAACGGUUUCUCUCUCGACUACCCGUUCUUCUACCGCGCCCCGUUUACCGUGCUCGACGACGGCUGGAACGCGUUCGACGUGGAGACGGAAUUCUCGCGAAUCUCGCUUUGCGCCCCCGACCUCUACCGGAUAUCCGAGGUCAAUAAGGAUUUUAAGGUGUGCACGUCCUACCCGGAAAAAGUGGUCGUGCCCAGAGGUAUUGGCGAUGAUUACCUGAGGAUAAGUGCAACGUUUCGUGAUGGCAGCCGAUUUCCGGUGUUGGCGUAUUUUCAUAAACCUACGAAGUCGCCGGUAAUCCGCUGCAGCCAACCGUUGAUCGGGCCGACGAAUCGACGGUGCAAGGAGGACGAGACGAUACUAAACGCGUUCCUCCGCGACUCCCGCGGUAUCAUCAUCGACACCCGGGGCAAGCAGCAGGCCGCACUUUCCAAGGCCAAAGGUGGCGGCGCUGAGAGUCAACAAUUCUACUCCCAAUGGCGUUACUUCAACUGUGCCACGCCCAGGAUCAAGGAUUUACACGAUUCGCUGGCAAAAAUGGUUGAUGUAUGCCUGGACCGGUCGGUCUCGUCGGACCGUUGGAUGUCGAAGAUCGGGUCGGCCGGCUGGCUCUCCUCGGUGGCUGACUACCUGAACGCGGCGGCGAACGUGGCGCAAUGCGUGGCCUGCGAAGGUAGUUCAGAAGUCCCGGUGGUGGUCCACGGCGGCGAGGGCGUCGAUUCUACGCUUUUCGCCACGGCAUUGGCACAGAUUCUGCUCGAUCCGGACGCGAGAACGAUUAGAGGGUUCGAGUCGGUGAUCGAGCGCGAGUGGAUCUCUGGAGGACAUCCGUUUGGGUUGCGGAAUGCUCACUCGGCGUUCGCAGAGGGUGCCAUCACCGGCCCGUACGAAUCGCCAGUCUUCCUGGCCUUCCUGGAUUGUGUGUGGCAGAUGUGCGCCCAGUUCCCGCACUCGUUCGAGUUCACCGAGAAUUUCCUGCUCGACCUCUUCGAGCACUCGUACGCCUCAGAGUUUGGCUCGUUUCUGGGGAACAACGAGAUGGAGAAGUUCAAGCACAACGUGAAGAAGCACACCGUCUCCCUCUGGUCCUACGUCAACAACCCCGAAAUUCUGAAGGGCUACGUGAACACGCUGUACGAGCCGAACGAGUCGGUGCUGUGGCCCAGCGUGUCGCCGCAGAGCAUUCAAAUCUGGGAACGCCUCUUCCUGCGCUGGCAACGCGACUGGAGCGAGGUCAACGCAAUUCGCGAGGCUGCGGCCCAAUGGCGCCUGAAGGAGCGACAGCUGGAGAGCAAGGCACUGUCAUUACGAAGGCAACUCAUCGAGCUGACCCGCGAAGCUCAUCUGGCCAACGGCGUCGCCGCCGUCCAAUUGGGC